AUGUCAACCGAGAAGAAGUUCGAUAACCUUCACACGGACAUGUUCCAGCUUGGCCUCCAGAACCGACGUGAGGUCGUUGGAAAUGCCUACGUUGACGCCGCCCUCAACAACGGCAAGAGCGAGUUCUCCUACCCUGGCCAGCAACUUGUUACUGCGUGGUGUUGGGGUAAUAUUUGGUCUCGGCCGGGUCUUGAUCGCAAGCAGCGGAGUCUCUUGAAUCUUGGCAUGUUGAUUGCCCUCAAAAGCUGGCCAGAGCUUGGCGUCCAUGUGCGCGGUGCCCUGAACAACGGACUCACCGAGAUUGAGAUUCGCGAGUCCAUUCUCCACGCAACUAUCUACUGUGGUGUUCCGGCGGGUGUUGAAGCUUUCAAGGUGGCACAGAAAACGAUUAAUGAUAUGAUUGAGAAGGGAGAGCACACGAGGGAGUUGGCGGAGCUGUCUCCAUUUCUUGAGAAGUCUACAUAG